AUGGCAGCGUUUCAGAAAAUUCAUCCCAACGUAGUGAGCUUCCAUCCAUUCUUCAUUCCUGAUCUUUUCCCAGAGGAUAUGGAGGAAAUCGUAAAAGGCGGUGGUUGCGAUCCUCCAAAGUUCUCUGAUCGAAUGGAGUACCUUAUGAGAGAUCGAUUCACGUACCAAGCUGAAGGUGUCGAUGUGACAGAUUUCGAGAAGAACGUAGAAGUUGGAAAGAAGAAACGUCUGGAACUGGAAAAGAGCCUAGGAAUUGACAGACAGACGACUACAACUAUGAUGGAAAUACAACCUGAUGAGGAGGAGGCUACAAUAGGAAGCAAAAAACGACGUAAAGAUGAAGCGGAGGAUUACUGGGCAUCUAAAGAGAAGCAGAUCCUUGAACUCAAGGCAAAAAGAGAAGGGAGAAAAAUGGUCCAACCAGAAUCGUCAAGAAUUCCAAGUGAAGAACCCUCAAAAGAGAAGGUGGAAACGAUACAAAACAUUAACAAGCAAACACAGCAUGGUAGCUCCCCAGCAAAAGCUCUGGCCCAAUUUAUUGAUAAAGGACUUAAUAAGCCUCCUACAAAUCCGUCCAAAGAAAAGUUGCAAGGCCUUGGACAGCAGGUGUCGAAGACGCCCAUCGGAAAACCGCCUGCACUUCAAGAAAGUGCUAAGCCUACUUCUAAAGGUACUGCGGAAGGUGCCAAAGGGAUGCCUACGCCAGUCGUAGGUAAAGUUGGCAGCUCACCGGCGAAUAUGGCGAAGAAUCCCAAUCCUACAUUGCCAAAGUCCAUAAGAAUCCUCGCGACAGCUCAAGCACCAAGAAUUCGUCCUGUAGUCAUUCCCAUACACCAGGUUGUUCCCAAAGGUAAAUCUCCAGGGAAAUUACCAGGGCAAAUUCAAUCGCCCAGGCUGAGUAAAGAUUUGAAGCGAUGA